CAGACAAAGCAGCCCCGGGGAUAGGGGAGAUUCCAGAGAGGCCCGUGACCAGGCCACAGGGAUGCUGGGGCUGUAAACCAAAAGCCACUGGACUCUGUAAACCCACUGGGCACCACAGAGGCAGAAGGGGUGAUGAGCGAGAGGCGAGUAGUAGUGGACUUGCCCCCCAGUGCCAGCUCCAGCAUGCCCCUCCAGAGGCGCAGGGCAUCCUUCAGGGGGCCACGGUCAUCAUCCUCCCUGGAUAGCCCCCCAGCCUCCAGGACCAAUGCCAUGAGUGGCCUUGUCCGAGCACCUGGGGUCUAUGUAGGAACAGCACCCAGUGGGUGCAUAGGUGGCCUGGGUGCCCGUGUGACCCGCCGGGCCCUCGGCAUCAGCAGUGUCUUCCUUCAGGGCCUGCGGAGCUCAGGCCUGGCCACAGUGCCGGCUCCAGGUUUGGAGAGGGACCAUGGUGCUGUUGAGGACCUAGGGGGCUGCCUGGUGGAAUAUAUGGCCAAAGUGCAUGCCCUUGAACAAGUCAGUCAGGAGCUGGAAACACAACUGCGGAUGCACCUGGAGAGCAAGGCCACGCGCUCGGGAAAUUGGGGUGCCCUACGGGCUUCCUGGGCCAGCAGCUGCCAGCAGGUAGGCGAGGCAGUCUUGGAAAAUGCCCGGCUCAUGCUACAGACAGAAACUAUCCAGGCGGGAGCAGAUGACUUUAAAGAGAGAUAUGAAAAUGAGCUGCCAUUUCGAAAGGCGGCAGAAGAGGAAAUUAAUUCUCUGUAUAAAGUCAUUGAUGAAGCUAAUUUGACUAAAAUGGACCUGGAGAGUCAAAUAGAAAGUCUGAAAGAAGAACUUGGCUCUCUAUCAAGAAACUAUGAAGAGGAUGUGAAGGUGCUGCAUAAACAGUUGGCAGGGUGUGAGCUGGAACACAUGGAUGUGCCCAUUGGCACUGGUCUGGAUGACAUCCUUGAGAUGAUCAGAAUUCAGUGGGAGAGAGAUGUUGAAAAGAACCGAGUGGAGGCAGGAGCCCUGCUCCAAGCUAAGCAACAGGCGGAGGUGGCCCACGUGUCCCAGACCCAGGAAGAGAAGCUGGCAGCUGCCCUCAGGGUGGAGUUACACAACACUUCGUGCCAAGUCCAGAGCCUCCAGGCUGAGACAGAAUCCUUACGUGCCCUGAAACGAGGCCUGGAGAACACCUUGCACGAUGCCAAGCACUGGCAUGACAUGGAGCUCCAGAACCUGGGCGCUGUGGUCGGCAGGCUGGAGGCGGAGCUCAGCGAGAUCCGCGCAGAGGCGGAGCAACAGCAACAGGAGCGCGCGCAUCUGCUGGCCCGCAAGUGCCAGCUGCAGAAGGACGUGGCGUCCUACCACGCCCUGCUGGACAGGGAGGAGAGCGGCUGAUGGAGAAACUUCCUCUUUUCAUGAAGAAAACACCCUUCCUCACCGGCUGACCCGUGAAGUUGCUUGAGGAGCUUUCUCCUGAGUUCCAGUCCCUGCUGGAUUCCCUGGUUAAUUCAGCUUGAGCUGAAAAGCUUCUUGGAAGUGGAGAGGGUCCUUCUGCUUUAAUCUGAGUAGUCUGUAGCUUGAGCAACCUCCCUUGUCCUCCUUCAAAUAAAUGCUUUGUGCGCAGCGUCCA